AUGGCGGACCCGAAAGAAGGAGGAAUACUCAAGAAAGGCCAUGAAGAGGGUCUGAAAUUUGCAGUCUCCAUUCUAGAAGAACAUGGCCUUCCAUUGGGUCUCCUUCCUCUUGCUAACGUAAUCGAAGUAGGGUUCGUUAAGACCACCGGUUACAUGUGGAUUCUGCAGACUAAAAAAGUCCAACAUGAAUUUAAGUUGAUUAAAAAGCUCGUUAGUUAUGACUCGGAAAUCACUGGUUAUGUGGAGAAGAAGAGGAUCAAGAAACUGAAGGGAGUGAAAGCUAAAGAGUUGAUGUUGUGGCCGCCGGUAAAUGACAUCAGCAUUGAGGAUCCACCCACCGGAAAGAUUCACUUCAAGAGUCUUGCUGGGAUCACCAAGGUUUUCCCGGAGGAGGCAUUUGCAGCCGGUCAGUAG